AAAAAAAAAAUAGCAGAAGGAAGAAAAGCCAGCAGGACAAGCAAAAAAAUUAUUCAGCUAUCUUUACCACACGCUUGGUUAAUAAGCCAUCUCAGUAUUUCAUCCGCUGAUACGUCAAGAGAAGGUCUUAAUAUAAAGAUGAACAGGUGGCUCUUAAAGGACAUUAUAUUUCAGAAAUUAUAAUUUCACAUCAGUACUUAGAAGUUUCUCGAACUGACAGCUUGUUGAUUAUGGAAACCUGGUUUUGGAUUCUUGGCUGGUCUCUUUCCAUAAUAACGAUGGCUGGAAAUGGAUUUAUUAUCUUCCUUGUUUGCAGCAAACGGCAGCUUCGCACCAAAACCAACGCUUUUGUGAUUUCACUGGCAGUGGCGGACUUCUGUGUCGGGAUAAGCGUUGUUCCACCAAUGUUCUUCUGUGAGAUGGCAACUGGGUGUAACACACAACUUCACUGGAUAAGUUCUCUAAGGUUGAUGUUCAGUUACGUGUCAGUGAUGAACCUGUGCAGCUUAGUGGUGGAUAGAUACAUUGCAGUUGUCAAGCCUCUGAAGUAUUUGACUUUUAUGACGCGCCGCCGUGUUAUUGAAAUGGUUUCCUUAUCUUGGGGCAUCCCAAUUGCCUUUAGAAUUUUUAUCUCACUGAACUGGUUUAUUUUAAAAAGACCUCAUUUCUGGGACUUUCUGUUUUGGGCGACGGUGAUAUUUUUUGAGCUUCUUCCCUGUUUUAUUUUGACAAUGAACUUCGUAUUCAUGCUUCAAGUUGUUUGCAAGCACGAGCGUGCCGCCCGCUCCAGAGAAAAACAGUUACGUUACAACCAUCAUCGUAUUUCUUUUAAAGCUCAGGAGAAAUCCGCGGUCAAAAUAAUGGCAGUUGUUAUAGGCUUAUUUCUACUGUGUUACGGAGUUUACAUCCGCUGUUCCUUGUUAUAUGUUUUCAGGAAAGUAUUAUGUAAUGACAAAGAAUAUAAAAUACCUCUUCUAGUUUUAAACUCCGCCAUUAAUCCUUUAGCUUAUGCUUUCUUCAAGAGAGACAUCAAGAAGGAGAUUAAACGACGUCUAUGGUGUACUAUCGUAAAAGAGCAAAACAAAAUUGAACCUGUUGAUAAUGGUAAUUGCCAACCCAUUUAUAUCUCGUGAAGAGUUUCUUUUUUCAGCCCGAAGCCAGAAUUACUAUAUUUCUUAUAAGUUCAAGUUAAACAGGACAAAGAAUAAAAUGUUUUUUCUUC